AUGCAGACGUUCAACUCGCGGCCGCCUUUCAAGGCGCUGUUUGCGAAUCAGUUUCGAAUGCUCCUGAUCUUGUUCGCAACAUGCACUGUCUUCCUACUACUUCACAGCACUCUCGGAGGGUUUCGAGACCCGUCGUUCCUUCCCAUGGAGCAGUUUCCUAAGAAGAUUUGGCAGUCGUGGAAGGUGGAUGCGCUACGGUUCGAGGAUCGGGAUACCGAAAGAGCGAUGUCCUGGACGACCAAGAAUGCGGCCCACAGAUACGAGGUCUUGACCGACGACAGCGCCAUGACAUACGUCGAACAGUUUUACGGGCCCUUUGGCUUGAAUCGACCGGAUAUCGUCUACACCUACCGAUCGUUGAACUCGAUUCGAAUUAUCCAGUCCGACUUGCUACGAUAUCUGAUCAUGUAUGCUGAAGGAGGAGUAUGGGCGGAUAUCGAUGUGGAGGCUGUCAGAUCGAUUGAGCACUUCAUACCUAAGAGAUUCAACGAGAAGGAUGUCAACAUGGUGAUUGGGAUUGAGACAGACGAGCCAGGCUUCAAGGACCACCCACUCCUCGGCUCGAAAGCACAAUCUUUCUGCCAAUGGACAUUCAUGUGCAAGCCUCGACUCCCAGUCAUGAUGCGGCUCAUCAACAACAUCCUCCUCUGGCUCAACAACCUCUCCCAAAGCCAAGGCGUCCCAAUCUCAGAACUCCAACUCGACUUCGACGAAGUGCUCUCCGGCACCGGACCUUCAGCGUUCACCACAGCCAUCUUGGCCGAGAUGUCCGUGACAGAGGGCGAGCAGAUCAGCUGGGAUCCCUUCCACGAUCUCGAGGAGUCCAGGGUUGUGGGAGAAGUGCUUGUGCUGCCCUCCGAGGCUUUCGCGGCUGGGACUGGACAUUCAGAUUCGGGCAAUCAUGGAGGGAGGGGUGCGUUGGUGAUGCAUCAUUUCCAUGCUUCUUCGUGGCCAACGCAGCAUCCUCGCUAUAAGCAUCCGGUCUACGGUGAAGUAGAGAAGUGCAACUGGGAUCCAGAGUGUGUUGCGCUAUGGGACACCAACACUGCUUUCUUUGAGUCUCUGCCGGAAGAAGAUCAGCUGAAGAUGAUUGCGAUCAAGGAUCAGGACGAUCUGAAGGCGCAGAAGAAGGAGGCUGAGGUCGAUCACAGGCUUGCACUUCACCCCGGUCUGGCAUAA